AUGCAUGAUGCCAUAAAAGAAACUCUUGUUGAUCAAGAAAGCCUUGCAUUAUUCUUUCACAACGGAGACGCUGCAUCUCCCAAUCCACAGGCUAUGACACCAUUCAACAAUUACGAGCUUUUCCGAGUUACCAAAACCAUAUUUGGAGAUCAGUCAGCAUUUUUUGAAGAUAUAUUCUUCGUAUUUCUCGAUCCUGGGGAUGUCGUGGACUCAAGCUAUUUUGAGAAGGCGAUAUGGAUAUUUCAACUUCGACCAAAUGUAGAGUUUGUCACAGGAUACUACUCAGAGGAAGUUCUAAACGAUCAACAUGCAUACUACAGUAACUCGAACAGUUCACUGACCCGCAAAUUUCUGAAGCACUACGAGACAGACGUAGGUAAAACCAAGGCAGAUCCAGUUCUCCAGUAUGAUGCCGUCUCCUACGCAGGUGUUGUAAAGGGAGUUGUACUUGCUAAACUUCAGCAAAAUGGUGAUAUAAGCGAUCAGCCAUUAGAUCCCCAGCGUGCAUGUCGCGAGCCCCUAAGUUCAUCUUGUGCCAAUUGCGUUGUAACUGAAGCCAAGCGGAAAUUUCUAUCCAGUGCUUUUCCAUAUCUUGCUGAGCAUGGUCUCUUGGCUGAGGAACCUUUUCCAUCGUACACAUUCAACAUGUUGCGCGUUCCUUUACCCGAUGAAACCUUGAUGGAAAAUCCAUACUACAAUGAAAUAAUACGUCCACAGACCAAUCCAUCAUCCAUAACAGGUGCUGAUGGCACGUUGCUGUUCUUUCUUCCUUGGCUCAUCACAGGAGGUGCCGACAGAUUCGCUUUGGAGAUUAUUAAGAUCAUGCGAGUUUACAACUGGCAUGUCACUGUAGUACUGACAAUUGACUCCGAACCAUUAGGUGGGAACGUAUGGCUGGACGAAGCUCUUCAGCACACAGAGGACAUAUGGGUGUUCCCACAGCACUUUGAGAAAAUAGUACUUGGCAAAAUAGUAUGUUAUAUUGUCGAAAGCAGACGUGUCGAUGCCAUGCUCAUGUCAAACAACGCAUUGCCCUAUAUAUUUCUUCCAUAUCUGAACUACUUUUGUCCUGUCCGGCAUGUCAUGGAUUUGAAUCACAACUGGAUUGAUAUUUGGCUGGACGGUGGAUUCACGACUUUUGCUGUGGGUAUGCAAAAGCACCUUGACACCAUGCUUGUCACCUCGAAGCAACUUCGAGAGAAGAUGAUAUCUGAAGGUGCCAGCCCUGAGAAGCUGGAAAUUCUGUAUGUCCCAACGAAUACCACAUUCUUUGUGAAAAUGUCGCUCUCAGAUGCCGCCGACGUACUAUCACCAAUCUUGUCAUUGACUUUGGGGGGAACCAAAGAGAAAUUGAUUGAGCACAAGGCGAAAAAGAACCCUGUGGUUUUGUUUGUGGCACGUUUGUCGGUUGAGAAGCAGCCUCAGGUGUUUAUUAAAGCCAUAGCUAAAGUGAAGCAAUCCAUCCCCGAUUUCAUUGCAUUUCUUGUAGGCGGUGGCUCACUCGCCGGUGAUCUAUCAACGCUCAUUCAAACCCUAUCGUUACAAGAGACUGCAUUCUUAGUUGGAAGCCAGCCUCCAACCGUUGUGAGAUCCUUCUACUCAGUUGCUGACCUGAUGGUGCUGACAUCAAGCAGCGAAGGAACAGGCAUUGUGCUGCUGGAGGCCUUAUCACUUGGCAUCCCUAUUUUAGCGCCUGCCAUGGGAGCAAUCCCAGAGAUUAUAUGCAAAGGCUGUGGAGAAAUAGUUGACGUCACGGGACUGACAGAAGAUCAGCAGGUUGACCAUUAUGCAGCUGCAGCGUUUAGGAUCCUCAGAGACUCCAAUAUAACAUCCUCUGAGAAAAUACUAGCAACAACAGAGGGAGUUGAAAUGAGAAAAUUGUGA